CGCGGGCGUCGCGGGAAAUGUCUUUGUAGUGGAGGUGGCUGCUCCGAUCUACCUCGUGGACACUGUCUUUACACACCGCACACACACACACGCACACACACCGCACGCACACACACACAGAGCGAGUCUGUCUCGAGUGAGCGCAGUCAGAGGCAGGUACAUCAUUAUUGGAGAAACCUUCCAGUAGAAUUCAAUGUAUUGCUCAAACAACGGGAAUAUACCGAGUGAAUGUUGCUCUUCGUGUAAUUAGACUACCACAGUGUAUAGCUGUUUUGUUGUCCCUGGCACAAAGGAGUGUUUGUUUUUCCACUGUCCAAAAAGACUUCCAGUAAUGGAGUGUAAUCCUCCUCAGUUACCUGCGACACGGGACUCCAGCUGCUCUCCACCGAGCUCCAAACAGGACCUCCCAACAUUCAACCCCAACAUGAAACCCAACCAGGUCAGCGAGACCGCCCUGUAUGGAAUACCCAUAGUCUGUCUGGUGCUGGACGGUCAGGAGAGACUGUGCCUGGCGCAGAUCUCCAACACUCUGCUGAAGAACUACAGCUAUAACGAGAUCCACAACCGGCGCGUGGCUCUGGGCAUCACCUGCGUGCAGUGCACCCCGGUCCAGCUGGAGAUUCUGAGGCGUGCGGGCGCCAUGCCCAUCUCCUCGAGGCGCUGUGGGAUGAUCACAAAGCGCGAAGCAGAGAGGCUUUGUAAAUCGUUUAUCGGAGCCCACAACCCUCCAAAACUACCGGAGAAUUUCGCGUUUGAUGUUUCCCACGAGUGCACGUGGGGGAGCCGUGGUAACUUUAUACCAGCCAGGUACAACAGCUCCCGAGCCAAGUGCAUCAAGUGCUCCUUCUGCAAUAUGUAUUUUUCUCCCAAUAAGUUCAUAUUCCACUCUCACCGAACAUCAGAAUCCAAGUAUACCCAGCCAGACGCUGCUAACUUUAACUCCUGGAGGAGACACCUCAAACUGACCGACAAGGGCUCGCCUGAUGAUUUAGCUCAUGCGUGGGAGGACGUCAAAGCCAUGUUCAACGGGGGCAGCCGGAAGAGGACGCUGCCCAUGCACCGCCACGGGCCCGAACGUUCCUCUCCGUUAAAACCUCACCAAGGACCUUCCAACCUGCCCCGGAGAGACUCACCGGAGAUCCCCCCUAAAAUCCUCCGCUGCGAGGACAACCGGGGAGGCAUGGGGAGUAUAGCGAGCAUCACGCGCAGCUAUCCCAUUAUCCCGGUGCCCAGCAAAAGCUACGGGAUGCUGCAGAACGUGAAGAUCCCUCCACCUCUCUUCCCACACCCAUACGGGUUUCCGGCCUUCGGGUUGUGUCAGAAGAAGGAUGACAGUGGUGUGAUGGGGGAGCCGAAUAAAGCCCACCUCUCUGGCGUCUUCUCCUGGCCGAGCACCAAGGACAGCGCCUACCACUCUUUCCCCAUGUUCUGGCCUACUGCAGACGGCCUGCCCAUACCGUCCUUCCCCCACCCCCAACCACAACACCAGGCCCAGCCACAGCACCAGGCCCAGCCCAAACAGCCAUCGGAGGUCCUGUGCGCCAGACAGAGUGAGCAGGACGCAUCCGAGCAGAGUGACAGAAAUAGCAACACUCCAAAGGACAGUGUGGGGGAUAGUGAGCGGUGCUCCAGCACUCAGUCCACCCGGAAUGAGGAUGACAAGUCCGGGGAUGAGGCGAGGUCAAUGGACGGUAAAAUGCCCGUUCUACCCCGGAAGAUUAGCUAUGUCUCCGCAUUCAGACCCGUCAUCAAAGACGCGGAGAGUAUAGCCAAACUAUACGGUAACCGGGUGAAGUACAACAGGGCUCGAGCUGGGUAUCUGACACCUGAUUUCCUAAGCGAGAGCUCGAGCUACAGGUCCUUAUCGCCAGGCAGCGUGGAGAGCGUUGGCGAGACAGAUGUGGACGUGGAGACCAAUAAGUCACAGGAGGAUGAGGAGUCACUUCCGCACUCCAUUGAGGACUGCAGGAGCCCCUCUGUCCCUGUUCUAAGCCUGUCGCGCGGUGCAGGUUCACCAAACGGUCUUGAAUCCAUACCUGAGUCAGAGCAGGCCGCUGUGGUCGAGUCACAGAGAAUGAACCUACCUAUACAGGUGGUGCUGUCUUCAAAUAGAGAUAGACAGGGCAUACAGCUGCCGGUCUGCAAUAAGACCACGUCUUUUGAUGAAGUGUGUUCACCGGACAGGAGCAGUCCAUAUGCUUUUGGUUCAGCAACGAAUUACCAGACAGACAAUGUGAAAUCGAAAGAUGACUGUGCCAGUAGAGAGGAGCCAUCUUCGACAGUGAAGGAGGUUGAAACGAAGUCGUAUAAGGGCCAAAGUCGGGAGGAGGGCCCGAGAGAAGCACUGAACGAGGACGAAUUGCAGAAACAACUCAUGGAGCAAGUGGAGCUAAGGAAGAAAUUGGAACGAGAAUUCCAACAUUUAAAAGAUAAUUUCAAUCAUCAGAUGAAAAGGGAGCUGUCCUACAGGGAGGAGAUGGUUCAGCAGCUUCAUAUUGUGAGAGAAGCUCACGACGCGCUACACCAAUUCUCCUGUAAGAUGCUGACUCCUCGUCACUGCACUGGAACCUGCUCCUUCAAACCUCCUCUUCUACCACCCUAGUCCCUUCCCACAGUCCACCGUGGAGCCCCAUCCGUUUGGAAAGCAGGACUACUACCACCCUAGUCCCUUCCCACAGUCCACCGUGGAGCCCCAUCAGUCUGGAAAGCAGGACUACUACCACCCUAAGUCCCUUCCCACAGUCCACUGUAGAGCCCCAUCAGUCUGGAAAGCAGGACUACUACCACCCUAGUCCCUUCCCACAGUCCACUGUAGAGCCCCAUCAGUCUGGAAAGCAGGACUACUACCACCCUAGUCCCUUCCCACAGUCCACUGUGGAGCCCCAUCAGUCUGGAAAGCAGGACUACUACCACCCUAGUCCCUUCCCACAGUCCACCGUGGAGCCCCAUCAGUCUGGAAAUCAGGACUACUACCACCCUGAAGACUAGGCGUACAGUAUCCAAAAUUCUAGGCAGGGUCUGAGUUAGGAUAGACAAUUUAACACGAGAGAGACAGGGUCUGAGUUAGGGUAGACAAUUUAACACGAGAGACAGGGUCUGAGUUAGGGUAGACAAUUUAACACGAGAGACAGGGUCUGAGUUAGGGUAGACAAUUUAACACGAGAGACGGGGUCUGAGUUAGGGUAGACAAUUUAACACGAGAGAGGCAGGGUCUGAGUUAGGAAAGACAAUUUAACACGAGAGACAGGGUCUGAGUUAGGGUAGACAAUUUAACACGAGAGACAGGGUCUGAGUUAGGGUAGACAAUUUAACACGAGAGAGGCAGGGUCUGAGUUAGGGUAGACAAUUUAACACGAGAGAGGCAGGGUCUGAGUUAGGGUAGACAAUUUAACACGAGAGAGGCAGGGUCUGAGUUAGGGUAGACAAUUUAACACGAGAUACAGGGUCUGAGUUAGGGUAGGCAAUUUAACACGAGAGAGGCAGGGUCUGAGUUAGGGUAGACAAUUUAACACAAGAGAGGCAGGGUAGGAGUUAGGGUAGACUAUUCCCAGUAACUUUCCAAAAGUUUUUCCAGAAAUCCUGGUUGGAAGAUUCCUAGAAUCAGAAAGGAAUAAGCAGGAAACCCAGGAUUUCUGGGAAAGCUGGACAUUUUGGGAAAGCUACCGGAAUUUUGCAAACCUUGUCUGAGAAAUGAUGUGAUCAGCAUUUGAGAUCAUAAUACAUUAUAUUAUAUGGACAUGGAGAACCGGAUCCUAGGUCAGCACUGUUUUACUCUGAGAGGCUUUAGGAAUCCGACACCUGGCCUCUAUCAAAUGAACACAUCAUUGUACCAGAGCAAUGCCUUGGCGUGAAGGAAACCUAGAGCCGUCAUUAGCCACUGCAUAAAAAAACCCUGAGCCGUCAUUAGCCACUGCAUAAAAAAACCUAGAGCCGUCAUUAGCCACUGCAUUUAAUGAUAUUAAUUGUAACAUAUGAGAGAGUGUGUCUUCAGACUCUGUGUAUAAUUUAUAUAAAGUUAUAAAGUACAACAUGAAAAAUAUUAUAUGUUUAAAUGAAAAUAUGACCAUAACUUUUAUAAAUCAUUAAUAUACAGUGCCAGUCAACAGUUUGGACACACCUACUUCUUCAAAGGUUUUUCUUUAUUUUUAUAUUUUCUACAUUGUAGAAUAAUAGUGAAGACAUCAAAACUAUGA